AUGAUGCUUAAGAAGCCUUUUGUUAACACCAACCGUGUACCAGAUGAUAUUUUUUCUUAUCAGGAUGAACAAUUUUACGACUUCAUUAAAAAACUUAUUGGUCAGAAACAAGCAAAUUUACUUGAAUUUCAAGAAAUCAGCAAUGCUGAUAUUUAUUUACACUGUUGUAAUGUUCUCAAUAUUCUUAAACUAGAUUCAACUGCUUUGAUUCCAUUUAAAGAAUCACUUUGUCUCAAACUUGAUGACAACAGUUAUACAGUUCUCCCUGGUAUUAAAAGCUCAUUUUCAUAUUUGACUGAACUUUUGACAGAGAAAAAAGAUGAAAUCAUCCGAACUGUACGACAAGACAGAAGCUGUCAAAGUUUGUCCACUUGCUCUACAACUGAUACAGCGAAUACCAGCAAUAGUACAAGAGUGUCCAAUUUAUCUUCAUCAUGUUCAGUUUCCUAA